GGUUUCCCCGGCGAACGUGGCGUCCAAGGCCCCCCCGGUCCCCAAGGUCCUCGUGGUGCUAACGGUGCUCCCGGUAACGAUGGUGCUAAGGGUGAUGCUGGUGCUCCCGGUGCCCCCGGGGGUCAAGGCCCCCCCGGUCUGCAGGGUAUGCCCGGAGAGCGUGGUGCUGCCGGUCUGCCAGGAGCCAAGGGUGACAGAGUAGGUGUCCCCUCCCAAAUCCUGAUGUCCCCUUUCUGUCCUCUGCUCAUCCCUCUGACCCCUACAUCAUCCCCUCGGGGCUGGGGCGACCCAGGUCCCAAAGGUGCUGACGGCGCUCCUGGCAAAGAUGGUCUCCGAGGUCUGACAGGUCCUAUUGGCCCCCCUGGCCCCGCUGGUGCUCCCGGUGACAAGGUAGGGCUGUGGGUGAAGCUGGUCCCCCCGGUCCUGCUGGUCCCACUGGUGCCCGUGGUGCUCCCGGUUCUGUUGGUGCUCCCGGUCCCAAAGGUGCUCGCGGUAGCGCUGGACCCCCUGGUGCUACUGGUUUCCCUGGUGCUGCUGGAAGAGUUGGUCCCCCCGGCCCCUCU